UAUGUCUCUCGCACUCCUCCUGCUCGUGCUGGCCUGCAGCCACGUCGCGCGCUCGGUGUCGGACAGCGCUCUCCCAGACGCGGAGCAGGAUCUCUUCAUCAGGUCCCACUCUCACUUCUCUCUGGUCCGGCCGGUGCGCGUGGACGAAGCCGGACGCUUCCUGUCUCAUGAGGUGUCUCACCGGCCCGCCGCAGACACGCAUGUGUUCUACCGGCUGCAGCACAGCGAGCGCGAGCUCCUCCUCAACCUCACACUGAACCCUCACCUGCUCUCGCAGGACCACGUGGUGGAGACGCGGCAGGGCGGGAACGGGACCGGGACCGGACGGCGGGUGGAGAACGCCUGCCACCUGCUGGGCACCGUGACGGAUGGGCACUUGCAGGGCACUGCCGCCGUGAGCACCUGCAACGGACUGACGGGUCUGCUGACUCUCCCUGCUGGCGUGUUUCUGAUCGAGCCUGUACGUGGACACACGCCGACCCCCGCAGACCCACACCAACCGCACGUCAUCUACCACAACUCCACCUGGAGAAGCCCCCGAGCACGCCGCAGCACACAGACUGACCACAACCUCCACGGUGCCUGCGGGGUCAAAGAUGGUGCAGCGUAUUCAAAGCAGGUGGAGCUGGACAGGGAGCUUUGGGAGCAAGAGCAGAGAGACCGGACUGAACCGGAUCGACCUGGACGCAGGCAGAUUUCCCGCCGUUCCGUCAGUAUGGAGCGCUGGGUGGAGACCAUGGUGGUGGCCGACUCCAAACUGCUGCAGUACCACGGCAACAAUAAUGUGGAGAGUUACGUCUUCACCAUCAUGAACAUGGUGGCAGGUAUUUUUCAUGAUGCCAGUAUCGGUAAUGCCAUCCACAUCAUCCUUGUAAGGCUCAUAUUGCUGCAGGGAGAGGAGAAAGGACUGAAGAUCGUUCAUCAUGCAGAUUCCACCCUCUCCAGUUUCUGCAGCUGGCAGAAAAACGUGAACCCCCAGAGUGACCGCACCCCUGCACAUCAUGACGUUGCUGUGCUCAUUACAAGGAAGGACCUGUGCGCAGGUAGGAAUGAGCCGUGUGAAACGCUGGGCCUGUCUCACCUGUCCGGAAUGUGCCAACCGCAUCGAUCCUGCAACAUUAACGAGGAUUCAGGGCUGCCUGUGGCCUUCACCAUCGCACACGAACUCGGACACAGUUUUGGUAUCCAGCAUGACGGUCAGGGGAACGACUGUGAGCUGGACGGUAGAAACCCCUUCAUCAUGUCCCGACAGCUUCAGUACGACUCCUCCCCCCUCACAUGGUCUUCCUGCAGCAAAGAGUACAUCACACGCUUCCUGGAUCGCGGUUGGGGUUUUUGUCUGGAUGAUCGUCCAUCUAAGAAGGAUCUGACCACAGCUCUGGUGGCUCCGGGGGUCCGGUACACUCCGCAGCAUCAGUGCCAGAUGCAGUACGGCCCCAACGCCACCUUUUGCUCAGAGAUUGACAACGUGUGUCAGAUCCUGUGGUGCUCUGUGAACGGAUCCUGCCGCUCCAAACUGGACGCGCCUAUUGAUGGGACCAGGUGCGGCCCGGGCAAGUGGUGUAUCUCAGGUGAGUGUGUGAUUGUGGGGAAGUUACCUGAGAUGGUGAAUGGUGGGUGGGGCCAGUGGAGCACCUGGUCUCACUGCUCACGCACCUGUGGCUCUGGUGUCCAGUCAGCGGACAGAGAGUGUGACCAGCCCAAGCCGGCGUUCGGGGGAAAGUAUUGUACAGGAGAGCGUAAGCGCUAUAGAAUCUGUAGCACGACACCGUGUGCUCAGAAGCAUCCUACGUUUCGGGAAAUGCAGUGCAGCGAGUUUGAUACAGUGCUGUAUCACAACCAGCUUUACCAGUGGAUCCCUGUCUCCAGCAUCAACCACCCGUGUGAGCUCCACUGCAGGCCGGUUAAUGAGGACUUCUCGGAGAAGAUGCUGGACGCUGUAACAGACGGGACUCCGUGCUUCAGUAACAGCAGCAGGAACGUCUGCAUCAAUGGUGUGUGCAAGGCGGUGGGCUGUGAUUAUGGAAUAGACUCUAAAGCUGAGGAGGAUCGCUGUGGAGUGUGUUUGGGUGACGGCUCCAGCUGUGAGACAGUGAGAGACUCCUACACAGAGAAAGACGGAUAUGGUUAUGUAGACAUGCUGCUGAUCCCAGAGGGAGCACGGGACAUCCUCAUCCAGGAGGUGCAGGAGGCAGGGAACUUCCUGGCCGUGCGUGCGGCAGAUUCGGAGGAUUAUUUCCUCAACGGGAAUUUUAUCAUCCAGUGGAAUGGAGAGUACAGAGUAGGCGGAGCCAAAUUCUACUACGAUCGUCAUGGUAACCUGGAGAACCUCACUUCUCCUGGACCCACCACACAGCCAGUCAUGGUGCAGCUGCUGUUCCAGGAGCCAAACCCAGGAGUGCGUUUUGAGUUCACAGUGAAGAAGAGCCGCCUGACCGGUAACGAGCUGCUGGAGCCUGAAUACAGCUGGAAAUACGGAGCCUGGACCGACUGCAGCGCCUCCUGUGGGCUAGGUGAGCAGCAGCAGCCCGUGCGCUGUUUUGAGGAGGACAUGGGCGUGGUGGACGAGGCCCUGUGUGACCCGAACACUCGGCCGGAUGACCAACAUCGCAAGUGUAAGAACAGGGACUGUCCAGCCAGGUGGUGGGUGGGGGGAUGGCAGCCGUGUUCGUCCUCCUGUGGGUCAGGGGGUCUGCGGAGGCGGGCGGUUCUGUGUGUGCGGACUGCGGGCGGAGAGGAGCGGGUGCUGCCCCCUGGAGACUGUAAACAUCUCCCUAAACCCAAACUGGCCGUGCCCUGCAACAGAGACGUCACCUGUGGGUCAACCUGGGCUGUAGGCAACUGGAGCGAGUGUUCUCUCAGCUGCGGUGGAGGGGUGAAGUCCCGUACUGUGAGGUGUUUGACCGAACCCAAGGUGUCCUGUGACCCCGUGACCCGACCUCGCUCCACCACCUUCUGUAACCUCCAGAGCUGCUCCUCCAACCACAGGCCCCGCCCCCACCCUCAAAAACCCACCCCCAAAGUCCCUACCCACACCACCAGGACCCCACCAGCUCCCACACGCACACCGGUCCCAGACGUGCUCCACGAGGACGAUCAGGAUUUCAUCCUAGUGAAGAACGGCAGCGCAGAGGACCACACGCACACCACGGCCAAUCCUGGGGUCAGUGAGGAUGAGGAGGGCAGCGCUGACCUACAGCCGCCCGACAGAGGCUCCAGGUACACACCAGGUUACGACUACAUAGUGGAAGAAGAUGGAGGUGAUGAGAGACAGAGUGUGUUUACCAUCCGGCCCCCUCUGACCACAACCGCACCCCCGCACACACCGCUGACCACAGCUAAACCGCACUGUACUGCUGAACCCACACGCGUUCUUCUGACCACAUCUACACCAGCCAUUAAAACACACGCAUACACCAAGGUUGCUGUGGCCACCAUCAGAGACCACCCUUACAAUGGCCAUAAUGCCAAAGCAACUGCACACCUCCACACCACACCUGCCUCAUAUACACCAACACGGAAGACGGCGAGGGACAGCAGCGGUCAGUCUGAGAGACACCACUCCCCUGUCGUCACCCACACAAAGCUUAAGAAGAUCCUCACAGCCAGGAGCCCCAGCAAAGCCAAAGGCCAAAAAACACCCGCACAUGCCCCAGGUGGAGCGGGACCCAGCACAGCGGCAUUCUGGGUGGUGGGCAACUGGAGUGAGUGUUCAGUGAGCUGUGGUUUAGGUGCAGUUUGGCGGAGAGUUUCCUGCAGUUCCGGGUUGGACGCUGACUGCAGCAGUGUGAAGAAACCUGAACCGGCGCAGCACUGCAACCUCAAACCCUGCGCUACCUGGCACACGUCCAAGUGGAGCAGGUGUCCAGAGGGUUGUGUUGGUGGUAAGAAGCAGCGUGACGUGCAGUGUGUUGACUCUCAGAGUGGACGGGCGCUGAGGCCGUUUCACUGCCAGGCUCUGGCCUCCCGGCCCCCCCGCACUCUGCCCUGCAGUACCCAACCUUGCCUGCAGUGGGCGCACUUACCCUGGGGAUCGUGCUCUAAAAGCUGUGGUGAAGGUGUGGUGGAGAGGUUGGUGUUCUGUCCAGAGGACGGACGCUGUAACGCUAUGCUCCGGCCCAACAGCACCGCCCCCUGUAACCUUCAGCCCUGUGUGGCCUGGACCACUGACCCCUGGCAGGAGUGCUCUGUGAGCUGUGGUGAUGGAGUACAGAAGCGAGUGGUGAGAUGUACCAAUACGGAUUCAGGCGAGGAGCAGAAGAGCAGCCUGUGUGCAAAAAACAACAAACCGGACAGUGUCCGCAAGUGCAGCCUGGAGGAGUGCAGAACUGAUUCAGAUGUUCCGGUGUGUAAGAGGAACAGCAUGUCCACUCGUUUCUGUGCCAAGCUGAAGCUGCUGGGUCGCUGCGUUCUUCGCUCCAUCCGCAGACAGUGCUGCCUCACCUGCAGGACGUAACACUGCCGGAGGUCGGAGGUCAUCAUCGACACCUUGAGCGACAAUGCUGGACCACAAACAAACAAACUCAAGCACACAAAGUUGUUGUUUACUUGAACUUCAUGCUGCCCUUAUGUGCCCGUCAUGUUUCCCUCCUGCAGCGUCUUAGACCGCUCUUAGAUUCCUCCUCCGGAGCCGUGAACCCACUGGAGAUACGAGCCUUCAAGAAACCGAGCUUUCGGAACCAAAUACCUGAUUGGUGCUCUUGAAUCUGAGCCACCGUCUGUCUGAUUAAAGGCAUGUUGUGGUUAUCGGUGUCAGUUAUAAAGCAAUUCUAAAGCACAAGAACCUUAAACCAGUGCUGCACUGGAGGUGGUGAGAAUCUGCAUUGCUUCUGGUAUGAUUUACUGACCCAUCCUCAGUCAGACGAUCGUAAAAAUCACAGUAAAAUCCUUCCAGACGAGUAAGUGGUGAAUGCUAAUGUGCAAUAACGGUCAUCAAACUCACAGAUACAUCAGUCAUAAAUGUAAAAUACAACGUCGGUGAACUGAUUCACAAGAUGAUGUUAUAAUCGUUGGUAACAUGUUUGUUUUAUUGCACAUGAUUAUGAUGAGGACGAAGAGAAAGAGCAGAAGGCCGAAACUGUGAAUUUUCCAGGCUGUUCAGUGUACCAUCGAAAACCAGGGUGAACCGUUUAGGUGCUUUUUAGUGAUGAUUCACAUUUACUUAUGUGCUUUUUUUUUAAAUUAGCAAAUGUUCUAUACUUUUAGCUCAACAUGUUUUCAUAUUGUGAUCACUGUAAAUGACAUGAAUGCUGAUAUUCUGAUCACACAAACGUGCAGAAGCACAAUGUGACCAGCCGUUUUACCACCGUCCUGCUUCAUUUCCGUUCAAAACCUUCAAAACCUCACAAAUUUCUUAUGCAAUCAGUCAAAUUUCAGUCAAAAAAUCAAAUUUACACAUUUUCUCAUACCUCAAAUGUAGUCAGUCAGCCAGGACAUGUUUUAGUUUAGCUCUGGAGCUAUGAGGCUAAUGUAGCUAACAGGUAACGGAAGCUUAUUAUCAUUGACAGUUAGCAUGAUAAUAACCGCAUGCCUGAAUCAUCACACACUCGUCUCAAUGUGUGUGGAGGUGGUCAGCAUCUCUAAUAGUCUUGAUUAGGUGGUUUCUGACCCUGUAUGACUCACUGUUAUCUAUAAACAUGGACUGAAGUACGUUAGCAUAGCUAAAACGGUAGUAGCCUCCAUUUUAUCGUCUUUUUACCACAGAGAAGUGAGAAGAACUGCUACUCACUGGUGUCCUCUGGGUUUACCUGACACUGGACUGCUCGUCUGGGAGAGUCCAAAAUGAAUGGGUUCCUAAGGAGCUUUUGGGUGCAACUGUUAGCAGUAAAAUCAAGCAUUCAGCACACAGUAGCAGUAAUGCUAACAUCCUACAACCCAAAACCUGUUUGCUGGAGAAAAACAGAAAAAUACAGGAACAUUUUAAGUGGUUUGUUAACAUUCAGUGUUCUUUGUCUUGCUAAAAUUCCUCACAAAUGGUUAGAAAUGUGUCAUUUUAUUUGUUUUUAGCCAUGCAGCUCCUUUCAGCUCAUUCAUUGAGGGCUCUCUUGUGGGUGUUUGCAGUCAUAUUUUGUUUUAUAAUGAGAGAAAUGUGAAGGCUCCCCUUAAACUGACUCUGCUAUUACUGGGGUAUACACUUCCAUUACCUGUUGGCUUGUUAGCUACAUUAGCCUUGUAGCUCCACUGCUAAAGCUAAAGAAGCGAACUUCAGACUCCAAACAUGCCCUUUACCUUUUUAGCUGUGGAGGAUUUUUUUGCCAAACUAAUCUUUUAAUGGGAAAAACACAUUAUUUCUAUCAUUGCUUGUAAUGAACACUUAGCAUGUCUAACCUGAUGGGUUUCCAGUGACUGACUGCACUGAGGGUUUUCUGAGCUGACCGAGUCGUGUAACAGAGUUACAUCACUUCCAGAUGUGGGUGUGUGAGAACGUGUUUGCUGUGUGAGCCGUGUGCUGCUGUUAUGGUGCUAAUGCUUGGAGCUCAUUAGACGCUGUUAGGACAUUUUGUUCAUUAUUAAUGAAUUCUUAUAGUCGUAGUUAAUGAACCUGUAGACGUCGUUACUGUGUUCUUUAGGUAUUAAUCAGUGAGCUGUGUGAGAGGUUGAGGUGUUGCAGGCCAAUCCUCGCUGGCCUUUAAUACGAGGCCCAAAUCUUUUAUACUGUAAUACUGUGGAGUUCCACUCUGCUGCAUUUCUGUAUGUUUAUGAGAUAAUAAACGCUGUGAUGA